AUGAGACAGCCAGCCAUUUCCAGUGAGCCUAAAGCGGCGCCAAAGCCGACGCCCUACGACCUGAUCUGGAAGAAGAGCCGCAAGCUGCUCAUGGCCAGCGGCUUCGCAGGCUUCACAGUUUGGGUGAUUUGCGCGGCGCUGUACUAUUGGUUCGAGACGGACAACCCCGAGAUGAUGUACUGCCCUGACGACGCUUUCGAGAAGCACCACGCCUGCUGGAACCGGUUCCACUCCAUCCCCGCCGCAAUGUAUUACUCGGUCUUGAACUUCUUCGGUGAGUUCCCCCUGGCAGACCAGCACUCGCUGGGCGGACGCUUUGUGGGAGGAUUCAUCCAGGUGAUGGGCGCGGCAGUGAUGGCCAUCCCCGCGGGCGCGCUGGGCAAUGCCUUCUCGGAGGUGGUGGAGAAGACGGUGCAGGAGGAGGAGCCGGAGGGCCCAGAGAACGACGAGGAGGCCCAGAGGUCCAACGGCAAACCCAAGAUGGGAGCCAGCCUGAUCCGCUGCCUCGACGGCGAGCGCGAGGUACACUCCCGGCAGAUCACGGAGGACUUUGCAGUGGACAUGGCAGAUGUUUGGUUUGGGCUGAGCGCUUUUCUAGUUGCCGCCUCCUCCCUCCACUUCAUCCUAGGCACGCUCAAGCACCUUCCUUCUCGGCUGGAUGAGUUGACUCUUCUCCUCUUCAUCCUGGAUGCCAUUGCCACCCUGGUCUUCUCUGUGGAGUACGGCAUCAGGAUUUGGAAGGCUCGGCAGGCGGGCUUUAGAAGCUCCUUGCACUACAUCUUCAGUAGCUUCGGCCUGGUGGAUGGCUUGUGUGCGUUGCUGCCUGCGGUCAGCUAUGUUCAGCCCCGGCCCCUCUUCCGGGCCGCGGCCACCUUGCGGAUCUUGAAGCUGGAGCGGUAUAUCGGCGCCUUCAGCGCUUUUAAGCAGAUCCUCUGGAAUAGCAGGGCGGUGCUGUCUGUGACGGGCGGGGCAGCCGCCGUGCUUUGGGUGAUUUUCAGCACUGUGAUGUACUACGCGGAGAAGGACAACCCGGAUCCGGAGAUGGCUGCGCACUACUCCAGCGUUGCGACCUCCAUGUGGGUGACGCUGCUGAACCUCUCCGGAGAGGCGCCGCUUUGCGAGUACACCACCGCCGGCAAGUACAUCUCAGCUCUCAUGGGCUUGAUCGGCGUUGGCUUCGUCACCAUCCCCAUGGGCGUCUUGGGUUCGGGCUUUCAAGACCUCCUGGAUGAAGACGAAGAGGAGGAGGAGAAGGCAGCCGCAGAGACAGGCCAGACAGGCUCAGGUGAGCAAGGCCAUUUGACCGAAGGGCCGACCACCUUCCGUCAGGUGGUCUACAAAUUCCUGCAGGGCUCUGCAGCCAAUCAGGUGGAGGAUCUGAACCCUUGGGAGCGGCGCGCGGUGAUCUUCGAGCGGGUGAUCUUCCUGGCGAUCUUCGUCACGGUGAUGGCAGCCAUCCUGGAGACCAUUGACGGCUUCGACCCACCGGGCUCCGUGAAUCGCCAGAUCCUGGAUGUCAUCGAGAUCGUGGCCACGCUACUCUUCACCGUGGAGUACUCCUUGCGCUACUUCGUAGCGCCGGAGGCGCCGGAGUGGGCGGAGAAGGGCUACGUCAGUGACCGCGCAGCAAGAUGGAGCUUCGUCACCUCCAUCCCCGCCAUCAUCGACCUCUUGGCCACGGCGCCUUACUACCUGGCGCUCUGUGGGUCCAGCUUGGCCGACCAGUACGACGGCGAGCUGCGCAUGCUGCGAAUCUUCCGCUUGUUGACGCUCGACAAGUACAUCCCCUCAGUGUCUCUUAUUGGCCGUGUCUUCACCAAGCAUGCCAAGGACUUCCAGCUGGCAGCCUAUGCUGCUGCCUCGCUUUGGUUGAUCUUCUCAGCGGCGAUGUGGCUCACGGAACGCCAUGACCCAACACAGGUGGAUGACUACAAGAUGUCCCAGCGCUAUGGCAGCAUGCUGACCGCUAUGCCUUAUACCUUGGUGCACCUCACAGGGGACUACCCGCUGAUUGACUACGACUUCCCUGCGAAGUGCGUCCUCUUCGUGGCUUUGCUCUUUGCAGUGGGCGUGGUGGCGGUGCCCACCGGCUUGCUGGCCUCCGGCUUUACCCAGGAGCUGAAGAAGUUCCGGGAGGAGGAGCGGAAGAAGCGGACCGCGGCCGCCACGAAGAUCGAGCGGGCCAUUGUCCGCCACAUCAGGCGGCGAAAGUUCCGAAAGGUCAUGGAGGAGAAGAAGGCACAGAGCUUGUCAUUUGCAAGGACCAAGGACCUUGUGAAGAAGAACAACCCGAACAAGAUCGCCUUGGUCGACUUUCUGGAGCAGAAGACCCCUGCGGGGCGAACUUUUAAAAAGGUGAUGCUCGUUUUGAUCAUUCUGAACGUUAUGGCGGUGAUUGGCGAGAGCAUGGCCUGGGUCAAGAAGGCCAUUGGCAGCGAUGCGCUGAACGGCUUCGAGCUGGUGAGCGUGAUGCUCUUCACCUUUGAGCAGCUCGGCUCCGGGCCAGCCGGGCCAAUUUGA